CUUGGGUUAGUUCCUGUUAGGCCCCGGCCCGGGGAGUAGGUUCAAGUCUCCGAAGAUGCUUGGUGGGCCCGGGCGCCAGCAGCCGUGAGGGGAGCGUGAGGAGGCGGCGAGCGGAGACCCACGGCAGGCCUGGGGAGGACUGGCGGCCGAGCCCGCCUUUCCCGCACCAUGCUCAUAGAGGAUGUGGAUGCCCUCAAGUCCUGGCUGGCCAAGUUGCUGGAGCCGAUAUGUGAUGCUGACCCCUCCGCCUUAGCCAACUAUGUUGUAGCACUGGUCAAGAAGGACAAGCCUGAGAAAGAAUUGAAAGCCUUUUGUGCUGAUCAACUCGAUGUCUUUUUACAAAAAGAAACUUCAGGUUUUGUGGACAAACUAUUUGAGAGCCUUUAUACUAAGAACUACCUUCCACCUUUGGAGCCAGUUAAGCCGGAGCCAAAACCACUAGUCCAAGAAAAAGAAGAAAGUAAAGAAGAGGUUUUUCAGGAACCAGCAGAGGAGGAACGAGAGUCUAGAAAAAAGAAAUACCCUAGCCCCCCAAAGACUCGUUCAGAAUCUGGAGAACGGAGGACACGUGAGAAAAAAAGAGAAGAUGGCAAGUGGAGAGAUUAUGACCGGUACUACGACCGAAAUGAACUCUACCGGGAGAAGUAUGAUUGGAGAAGAGGCAGGAGUAAGAGCCGGAGUAAGAGCCGAGGUCUGAGUCGAAGUAGAAGCAGAAGUAGAGGGCGUAGCAAAGACCGGGAUCCAAAUAGAAAUGUUGCAGAGCACAGGGAAAGAUCAAAGUUUAAGAGUGAAAGAAAUGACUUGGAGAGUUCCUAUGUGCCUGCCUCUGCUCCACCCCCGAACUCUUCAGAGCAGUAUUCUUCUGGGGCACAGUCUAUUCCCAGCACCGUUACUGUGAUUGCACCUGCUCACCAUUCUGAAAACACAACUGAGAGUUGGUCUAAUUACUAUAACAACCAUAACUCUUCCAAUUCUUUUGCUCGAAAUGCACCACCAAAGAGGCGAUGCAGGGAUUAUGAUGAAAGAGGAUUCUGUGUGCUUGGUGACCUUUGUCAGUUUGAUCAUGGAAAUGAUCCUCUAGUUGUUGAUGAAGUUGCUCUGCCAAGUAUGAUUCCUUUCCCACCCCCUCCUCCUGGGCUUCCUCCUCCACCACCUCCUGGAAUGUUAAUGCCUCCAAUGCCAGGCCCUGGCCCAGGCCCUGGUCCUGGGCCUGGCCCUGGCCCAGGCCCAGGCCCAGGCCCAGGUCCUGGCCACAAUAUGAGACUUCCUGUUCCUCAAGGACAUGGUCAGCCUCCACCUUCUGUUGUGCUUCCCAUACCAAGGCCGCCCAUAUCACAGUCAAACUUGAUAAACAGCCGAGACCAGCCUGGGACAAGCUCAGUGCCCAAUCUUGCACCAGUUGGAGCAAGACUACCUCCUCCUCUACCCCAGAACCUCCUUUACACAGUAUCAGAACGACAGCCCAUGUACUCUCGUGAACAUGGUGCUGCUGCAUCUGAGCGACUUCAGUUGGGGACACCGCCUCCUCUGUUGGCAGCUCGUUUGGUGCCACCUCGCAACCUCAUGGGAUCCUCCAUUGGGUAUCAUACCUCAGUCUCCAGCCCCACCCCUCUGGUCCCAGAUACUUAUGAACCGGAUGGCUAUAACCCAGAAGCUCCUAGUAUUACCAGUUCUGGUAGAUCACAGUACAGACAAUUCUUUUCAAGAACACAGACACAGCGCCCUAACCUGAUUGGCCUAACAUCUGGAGACAUGGAUGCAAAUCCAAGAGCUGCUAAUAUUGUCAUCCAGACUGAACCUCCAGUUCCUGUUUCAAUGAAUAGCAACAUAACCAGAGUAGUUCUUGAGCCUGAUAGCCGGAAAAGAGCAAUGAGUGGUUUGGAAGGACCACUGACAAAGAAACCUUGGCUGGGAAAGCAAGGGAAUAACAAUCAGAGUAAACCAGGAUUCUUGAGGAAGAAUCAGUAUACAAACACCAAAUUAGAGGUCAAAAAAAUCCCUCAGGAAUUGAACAACAUUACCAAGCUCAAUGAACACUUCAGCAAAUUUGGAACUAUUGUUAAUAUCCAGGUGGCCUUUAAGGGCGAUCCAGAAGCAGCCCUCAUCCAAUACCUUACCAAUGAGGAGGCCAGGAAAGCCAUUUCUAGCACAGAAGCAGUUCUAAACAACAGGUUCAUUCGAGUCUUGUGGCAUAGGGAAAAUAAUGAACAGCCGGCAUUGCAGUCUUCAGCACAGCUUCUCUUGCAACAGCAACAGACAGUGAGUCACCUCACACAGCAGCACCAUCAUCUACCGCAGCAUCUUCAUUCGCAGCAGGUGAUGGCGACACAGUCUCCUCCCUCAUCGGUGCAUGGAGGCAUCCAGAAGAUGAUAGGCAAACCGCAGACACCAGGGGCAUAUGUUCUAAACAAAGUUCCUGUUAAACAUCGUCUUGGACAUUCAAGCGGUAGCCAGAGUGAUGUGUCACAUGUGUUGAAUCAGUCUGGUGGUGCUGGGGAGGACUGCCAGAUAUUUUCACCUCCAAGCCAUCCAAAAACAAUUUAUAGCUCCACAAACUUAAAGACAUCUUCAAAACUUUCUUCGGGGUCUAAAUCUCAUGACGUUCAAGAAGUUCUUAAAAAAAAACAGGAAGCCAUGAAGCUACAACAAGAUAUGCGGAAGAAGAAACAGGAAAUGUUGGAAAAACAGAUAGAAUGUCAAAAGAUGCUGAUAUCCAAGCUAGAAAAAAACAAAAACAUGAAACCAGAAGAAAGAGCAAACAUAAUGAAGACUUUGAAAGAACUUGGAGAAAAGAUUUCACAAUUGAAAGAUGAAUUAAAAACAUCUUCUGCAGUCUCCACACACUCCAAAGUGAAGACAAAAACAGAGGCCCAGAAAGAAUUACUAGAUACUGAACUGGACCUCCACAAGAGGCUGUCUUCAGGAGAAGACACAACAGAACUAAGGAAGAAACUCAAUCAAUUACAGGUUGAGGCAGCAAGAUUAGGUAUUUUACCUGUGGGUCGAGGAAAGACCAUGUCCUCUCAAGGUCGAGGAAGAGGCCGAGGCCGUGGAGCAAGAGGGAGGGGCUCACUAAAUCACAUGGUGGUGGACCACCGCCCCAAAGCACUAACCGUUGGGGGAUUCAUUGAAGAGGAAAAGGAUGAAUUACUUCAGCAUUUCUCAGCUGCAAACCAAGGGUCAAAAUUCAAAGACCGUCGGCUACAAAUAUCAUGGCACAAACCCAAGGUACCAUCUAUAUCCACUGAGACUGAGGAGGAAGAAGUCAAAGAGGAGGAAACAGAAACCUCAGAUUUGUUCUUGCAUGAUGAUGACGAUGAAGAUGAAGAUGAAUAUGAGUCUCGUUCAUGGCGAAGAUGAAAUCUGAUGCGAGCUGUAUAAUUUUUAGGAAUAUUGUUUAGAAGAACAACUUUUUAAAAUUAUUUAAAGAAGUCAAUGAGCCAAAAAAAUUUUAUUUUUCUUUUCAACACAAUAGGUUUAAGGACAGCAACUUUGCUAUUUAAACACAUCUCAUAAUUGUACAUGAUAUUAAAGCACCAAAGGCCUAGUGACUCUUACACAGUUGUGAAGACCCACAGGAAUGACAUGGAUCUAGAGCCUUACUUUCCACACCUCCUGUUUUUGUUGCUGUUGGUGUUGGAUUAUGAUGUAAAUGACAGGGUGUUCAGAAAUCUUAUUUUUAUUAUAAUCUGCUGAUAAAAUUUCAUUAAAUGUCAAAAUCGCCUGGAAUCUCUUAACUCACCUAUUAUGAAUGGGUCGUCAGACAGGAGAUAUUUGUAAUUAAAAAACCCUUUGCUUUCAAGAGUUGUUUUGGAAGAGAAGUAAAUUUAAUUUUUUUUU